AUGUUGUGCCACGAUCACGAGAGAUCCGCUCUUUUACAUUUUAAACAGAGCCUUCCUGCUUCUUCUAGUUCAUCUGCUUACUCAAAGACUGCAUCUUGGAAGGCUAGCGGAAAUAGUAGCAGGGAUUGCUGCUCGUGGGACGGGAUCGAGUGUGAUGAAGCUACUGGUUACGUUAUUGGUCUUGACCUCAGUAGCAGUCUUACAAAUGCUACUCUUCACUCCAACAGCACCCUGUUUAGCCUUGUUCACCUUCAGAACCUAAACCUCGCAGAAAAUAACUUCAUGAACUCUUUAAUCCCACCCGAGAUCUCCCUUCUUUCAAGUUUGUCCUUUAUAAACCUCUCAAACUCUUUAUUUUCCGGCCAAAUUCCACAAGAGUUGUCAGGAAUGUCCAAAUUGGCUUCCCUUGAUUUGUCUAACAACUAUUUGUAUGGAGACUUUCCGAUUGCCAUUUUCAAUUUACCAGGCCUGCUUGUUCUUAAUGUGAGUGGUAAUCAAAAUCUCCGUGGUUAUCUUCCAGAGUUCAACAAAACAAGCCUCUUCAGGGAACUGAAUAUUGCUUUCACAGAAUUCUCUGGUACCAUACCGUUCUCAAUUGGGAAUCUGAACUCAUUGACUAAGUUACAACUCAUAAAAUGCCACUUUUCUGGAUCAAUUCCGGCCUCAAUUGGUAACAUGACCGAACUUAAUUUUUUAUCACUUGCUUACAACAUGUUUAAUAAGUCAGAUGAUCUCUCUUGGGUUCAGAAGCUAACUAAACUGACUGUGUUAGACCUUGCUAAAACUAAUCUAUAUGGUGACCUCCAACCAUCUUUUGCAAACCUCACCCAACUUACUAUUCUUUCACUUGGAAAUAAUUCGUUUGUUGGUGAAAUCCCAUUGUGGCUGAGGAACAUGACCCAAUUAAUGUAUUUAGAUUUGGGUUAUAAUGAACUAACUGGUCAGAUUCCUCGCUCAUUUUCUCAACUCAAGAACCUGGAAUUUCUAUCUCUUUCUCAAAAUAACUUCACUGGUACAGUGGAGGCUGAUAUUUUUUUGAGUUCAAGAAACCUUGCCUUUCUCGAUCUAUCCGGGUGCCAGAUAACGUCAAAUUCCCCCCAUCACUCUAACUUUAGUCUUCCAAAGCUUGAACUUUUGGUUUUGUGUUUUUGCAACUUAACAGAGUUUCCAUACUUCCUGCAGUUUGCGAGCUUUGAACGGAAUUCAGUUUCUAUUCAAAGUAAGAGUUUAAGAUACAUAGACAUCGGCAAUAAUAUGCUACAAGGGAAUCUCCCAAAUCCACCACCAAAAACAUAUUCCUACGUUGUGGGUAACAACAGAAUAACAGGGGAGAUUUCACCCAUGAUAUGUGGUGUCAAGUCUCUAAAAGUACUAGAUUUGUCAAGUAACAACAUGGGUGGGCCAAUUCCUCACUGCCUCGCUGAUUCUUUGGAAGCCUUUUUUCUCCAAAACAACAACUUUUCUGGUACAAUUCCUCAAACAUACCCAAAAGAAUGCGACCUGAAGUUGAUGGACAUGAGUCAAAACCAGUUAACAGGGGAAGUUCCAAAAUCAUUGUCAAAUUGUAAAAUGCUACAGAUUUUGGAUCUGUCAAAAAAUCAGUUGAAACAAAGUUUCCCCACUUGGUUGGGAACUCUUCCACGAUUACAAGUUCUUCUUCUGCAUUUCAACAUGCUUCAUGGUGAGAUUGGUAGUCCCAGGAGUCCUUUGGAGUUCCCAUUGUUGCGCAUUAUUAAUCUCUCACAUAAUGCUUUGACUGGUGCUUUGCCUGUGAAUAUCCAAUUUUGGAAUGUGAUGAAAGUUGUUCGUACAGGCACCAGACCAUAUAUGGACACAGACUUGUAUUUUACGGUUAUUCUUGACCAUUUCCAUUUCACGUACGAUUACCAUCGUUACAGCUCAAUGACUGUUACCAACAAAGGUGCAGAGAGGGAGUACAACAAGAUUUCAAAUAUUUUCACUGCAAUUGACCUUUCAAGUAACAAGUUCACAGGACAGGUUCCCGAAUCUCUUGGAAGUCUAAAGGCUCUUCAGUUGCUCGACCUUUCAAACAAUGAUCUUACAGGUUCGAUUCCUCCAUCACUCGGGAACCUGACACAGCUUGAAUCGUUGGACCUUUCACGUAACAAGCUCUCAGGAGUCAUCCCUCAACAGUUAGCAGCGCAGCUCAACUUUCUCUCUUUCUUCAAUGUGUCUCACAACCAUCUAACAGGUCGCAUACCACAAGGCACGCAGUUCAGUACAUUUGACAACAAUUCUUACAUUGGAAACUCGGGACUAUGUGGAUUCCCAGUAUCUAAGAAUUGUGGAGCACUGCAGUCACCACCUGAUGACAACGAGGAUGGUUCUGAGGAAGAUAAGUUUCCAAGUGGAUUUGAUUGGUUAUUCAUAUUACUAGGACUUGGAAGUGGGCUUGUUGUUGGCUUUGUUGUGGGAGACAUUUCAAUGGAUAGACACCCCUGGCUGAUUCGUCGGAUUGUUCGGAAAUUCGGCCGGACACAGAAGAAACCUAGGAUGCGGAGGAGGCAGAUCAUUCGGGCUUAAGAAACAGGUUUGCUAUGACAGAAAUUCGGAAGGAGAAGAAACCGAGGAUGCAGCAGAUCAUUCUGGCUUAGGGGACAGGCUUUCUAAGAAAUGUUCUAUAUAUGUUUUUUUUCCACGAAAGUUCUCUAUAUGUUUGGUUAUAUUUACUUUGUGUUCUUUUUAAUAAUCCUUUGUUGUAUGUGUCACUGUAAAAUAUUCGAAUUUACUUAUAAAAUAAUUCUCAGUUAUAUUUGUC